UAACAAAAGAAAAUUGCCAAAAAAAAAUUGAACUGUGCUCAACAACCGAUCACAGCCGACUAAACACAAUCCACUUAUUGUUUCUCAGUCCUCUGUGAUUAAGUCGUGUAAUUAUUCUAAUAACAAUGCAAUUACGGUGCGUGUAUAGAGAGUGGCACGAAAGUCGAAAUUGGGCGUUUAUCACAUCAACGACACUGAAAACGCUCCAUUUCCGGCCAAUUAAAAUUUUUGGAAUUUUUUGAAAAAGUAGUUCAGAUGUGGCGUAGCUUCGUUAACUAGUCGGCGUAAUGUUCUGACAUUGAUUUUGAAACGGAGAACCGUGUGCGAAGUCACGUAGGCACAUGUUGGUGGAAAUUGGCGAAAAAUGUCGCAGUUUUCCACAAAUGAAGCGGUCAGUUUGGAAAAACAAGUGGAAACGGUGAUAAAUCCGGCGACGAAAUUCGAACUAAUUGACGAGGUAUACGAACUACAGCGUUGUGCGGAGUGGAUCAAAGACAACAAUUUUGAGAAGGUGUGCCUGCAAUUCCCCGACCAUCUUUUGCAAGACUCCUCGGAAGUCGCUUUGAGGUUAGGAAAACAAGUCGGCCAAACUGUGUAUAUUCUGGCAGAUACAGCUUAUGAAAGUUGUUGCAUCGAUUAUGUGGCCGCGGCCCACAUUAACACCGAUGCUAUCGUACACUUUGGGCCCGUUUGUUUCUCGAAAACGUCGGCAAAUAUACCGUAUUUGAAUAUUUACGAGAAGGAGGAGCUCGAUUUAGGGGCACUUGAACAAUGUUUAAUGCAGUUGAGCGAAAAAGCCGUAAUUUUAUUGGAUACUUCCUUCAUUCAUUUGACAGACAAAGUUGUGGCUAAAUUUCCUAAUCACACGAUAAAAACUAUAGACUCGAACAAUUUAAAUCUCAAUAAUGACAGUGUUGUGUUUAUUGGGGGCCGAAAUUACCAUCGCAAGUUACCUAACCUCAAAUUUUCACACAAACCGAAAACACUAUAUUACUUCAAUGACAAAGCCCCGAGUUUGAUUAAUUACAUACAAGAUGAAAAAGUCUUAAGACGAAGGUAUUUUGUAAUUGAAAAAAUUAAAGAUAGCAAUACUGUUGGUAUAGUUAUAGGAACUUUGGGAGUUAGUAACUAUUUAAAAGCCAUUGAACGGUUAAAAAAACUCCUAACUUUGCAUAGUAAGAAAUAUUAUUUAAUCAGUGUUGGCAAACCUACAGUUGCAAAACUCGCAAAUUUUCCUGAGAUUGACAUUUACGUGGUCGUUACAUGCGCUUUGAAUGAAAUUUACGACAGUCGAGACUACUAUAAACCAAUUGUAACCAUUUACGACGUUGAAAUGGCUCUGAAUCCGGGCCCCGAUGGCCUUGAGUUCACUUACGACUACAAUGACGUCAUUUCAAGACCACUAACUGACGUCGUAAGUGAUCCAAAUGACGUCAGUCUGGUCACGGGGCGUAUCCGAGGCACGUCCAAUAUCCAAGGGGCGGAGCUUGUUGUAAAAGAGGCGGGGACUGUCGCCCUCAACACCAAUCAUGGCGCUGGUUUCCUAGCCAACAGGACGUGGAAGGGGUUGGAACGUGACGUGGGUGGGGAUGAAGUCAAGAUGGCGUCGGAGGGGAGACGUGGCAUUGCGCAAGGCUACAGCGAUGAAACUAUUGGAUAAAUUAUUUAUUUUUGU